AUGUGUUUUUCUUUCCAGGCCACAAUUGGAAUCGACUUCCUGUCAAAAACCAUGUACUUGGAAGAUCGAACGGUGAGGUUGCAGCUCUGGGACACAGCAGGACAAGAGCGCUUCAGGAGCCUCAUUCCCAGUUAUAUACGGGACUCCACUGUGGCUGUGGUGGUCUACGACAUUACAAAUGUCAAUUCAUUCCAGCAAACGUCGAAAUGGAUUGACGAUGUGAGAACAGAGAGAGGAAGUGAUGUUAUUAUCAUGCUUGUUGGCAAUAAAACAGACUUAGCAGAUAAGCGACAAAUCACAAUCGAGGAAGGGGAACAGAGAGCUAAAGAACUGAGUGUCAUGUUCAUUGAGACCAGUGCCAAGACGGGUUACAACGUCAAACAGGUGAGUGAGUUCUGA